CUCUUCACCACGUCUUCCCACAAGACUUUUGGGAUCAAGCGAUUCCUGGCCAAGAAACAAAAGCAGAAUUGGCCUAACCCUCAAUGGAUUCGGAUGAAAACUGAUGAUAAGAUCAGGUACAACUCCAAGAGGAGGCACUGGAGAAGGACCAAGCUGGGUCUGCAAGGAGAGUCACACGAGAUGCAUGCAUAUUUGCUGUGA